AUGGGCUACAAUAUAUUUUUAUUCUCUAACAUAUAUUUUAUCGGUUCUAUUUUUUUUACUACUACGGAAUGGGGGAGUAGGCAAGGCAUCGCGUCGGAGCCCGAGAUUUCGGUGGAAUCACAGGAGAAUCUGCCGCUCCAAAUCGGUGGCAAGGCCAUCUGGAUCUCGGCCGACCACGCAUCGCCGGGAGGCUCAGUGCUGCUGCUAGAGACAACGCGGGAGGCAGGAAUCUCGCCUCCUGACCGGCAUCAGAUGGUUCAAGCCUUCCAUCAGUUGGCACGGAUGGCACCGUGCUUGGAGACUUUUCAUCGUUUCUCAGCUUAAAGUAGGGGGUGCAUCUUGACCACUUUUCUAUUUGGAUGAUGUCCUCCUGCAAGCGCUGUUGGGGCUUUUUAUUGCCAUUGUUUUUUGGUUUCUUCGGAAGGUGCGAAACAAUAAGCUAUUCGACAAUGCUUGUGUCUCUACCACUUCUCUCCUUUGCAUGAUGAGUGCUAUUUCUGAGGAGCAGUCCGGGAGUGCAUUAGAUUCUUGGUUAAAUGGAAUUCUCCACUCGGUUGGGCCAAGUUAAUGGAGGCUGUGUUUUAUGUGGUUGCAGGAGAUUAAGCAACCAUAAUAUGAGGUAUUAAAGAGGGCAUUCAGGCUGCUUUUGGAAUUGGGAUUCAAUUGCUGCUCCACGCUGAGCCUGAUUCCAUGGCUAUGGUGGAUUGUCUCAAAUACACUGCUGCAAAUGUUAUCAACGUUAGGUUAUCCAUCUUUCGUGAGGGUAAUUGUCCUGCUAACUAAGCUUACAAACCACACGAGCUGUCGUCAAUUUUUGUACUUGGUCAUCCGGUUUGUAGUGAUGCCAUUGGAGAUACGUGUAGUAGACAUGCUUAAUCCUCCUUAAUACAAGCUCUAUUUUUUAUUGGAA